UUGUGACUGUUUUUACUUAACUGGUCACUGAAACCUCGACAAGCAUGGAGAUCAGGUUGGAAGUUUUGACGUCAACCACCAUCAAGCAGAAAAGACCCUGGCCCCGCGUCUCCUGGUUGGGCCAGGAAAACGAAGCCGUUUUUCUUUUGGAUGAUAAACUCAUACAUGAAAUUAAUUUGCUGUCGGGAAGGACAAAGAAGAAAAUCCCUCGCCUGCAGCCUUUCUUGAAGCAUCUUGUGGUCCUCACAACGUCCAGUAAUGAUGCCUGGCUGGCUGGGGUCCUUUCUACCGGGGAGCUUUUCCUUUGGAACAAAGAUCAAGAUUGUUUGAAAACCAUCCAGGCAGCUGAGAAGCCGAGGGAAGUGAUUAAGGCUUCAGUAGCAAGCUCGUUGAGACUCUAUUUGUAUGUAUCUGGAGAUGGAAAAAGAGUUCUGAUUGUAACUCCCUCUGGAUGCAUAUUUCUUUGGGAAUAUUUGGAAUUCAGGAAUGUCUUGUCUUCUAAAAGCCCUUCAUUGAGGGGCCAGUGGUCCCAGAUCACACCUGAAGAAGCAGUGCGUUUGCCUUCCACUGAAGAUAAAGAAGCUGUGGUGCAUGCUGUUUUCAUAAAAAAUGAGUUACUGGGCGACUGCUGCUUGUGCGCAUUUACUUUUUACUCUGGGGAGUGUCUGAGGUUGACAUGUCUAGCAAUUCGGUGGCAUGAGAAUGUGUUUCCACCUGUGAGAUCCUUGCCAUACCGUGUUCAUUGGGCACAGCAAGAUUGCCUUCUGGGAAGUCUGAUUCCUACGUGUGAACCAGUCAAGUCAAGAGGAGCUCUAAUUUCUGCCUUUUCAAGAGAUGGCCUUACCCUGGCAGUAACUCUGAAUCAGAAAGACCCGAAGGCAACUCAGGUAUUAUUUGUAAACACACUGAAUUUUGCUACUCUCUGUGGAAGCCUUAAAGGCUGUAGCAAUAAGAGCCCCGUGGUUCCUGCUACCCUGGUCAGGUCCUACUGGGUAGGCGACAUCAGCUGGACCCAUGACAGUCUUUUCCUGGCCUGUAUGUUAAAACGUGGCUCCCUGGUUUUACUGACGUGCCAAGGGGAAUUGCUAACACUGAUCACGCGUGGCUGCUCGGUAGAAUUUGGGCCGGCUGAGUUUAUUCCUCUCCACCCGCUCAUUACAUACAGACCACCACAGUGCACCUUUCAAGGUUCAACUCAUUCUGUAGACUCGUCGGCGUCGGCCAGCGACCCGAUGCGACAGAGGUUUUCCGUGAAAACCCACUCCCGGUUGCCCUACCUCGUCGCUUCUGACGGCUACAUGGUCACGACCCUCCGGUUCCUCGAUAGCCUGUCUCCCUCGGUGCUGCUGCGGGCCCUUCUGCUGGAUGCGACGCAGCGGCUUGAGAAGGCGUACCGCAGCGUGGUGCUGUCUGAGCCACAAGGCAAAGGGCUGAACUUGCGAUCCCUGGGGUCCCUGAGGUUGAGCCUGUUAAAACGCCAAGGAAGCGAGCGGCCAGCGGCUUCUCCCGCCCCCGGAUUCUUACAGGAAGAAGAAACGAUGAAGUCGCAUGAAAAGUCAGAUUGGCAGGAUUUUGAAGCAGAGGAAACUAACGAAAGCACAUACUUCCCAAACAACUUGCUCUCUUUUUGGAACAAAGAAAAUGACCCAUCGUUUAGUGGUGCCAAGGAGGGGAGACUGGAGUUUGCGUCUAUGUUCGACACAAUACACGCAAAGGACCCUACGGAGGAGACCGACAGAACCAUCGCAGAACUGCACUCGGUCCAGAAAAACCUCCUCGCGGCCUGGACCAUCGGAGUUUCAAAACACGUGACGGAAAAAAACGUGAUGCUAAACUACACAGUAGUUUGCAUGACUUAUUUUUUCUACGUUGUUCAGUUUAUCAAAUGUCCUUUCCCAGCACUCGAUCUUUCCUUAAGCAAGAGACCGAGGCGUAACGCGUGGGUGCGUUGUGUCUUUCAACUCCUCCAUCAGUGCUUGUCAGCCCAGCGCUGGGACCCGCGGGGCAGGCCGCUGGCCCGGCAGCCGCGGGGCCCGGCCUUCUCCCAGAGGCUGGCCGCCUGUUUUCACUUACUCAGGGUGGUGGCUGACCACUUAAACGGCAGAGACCGUCUCCAGCCGGAAGUCUCGGCGACAGCUGAUGGGAGGAGAACAGCCAGUCAGGACUCCCUGGUGGUUCCCGUUUUUCAAACAUUUCAAGAUAGUGCUUCCCGGGACGACUGGCCUUGGAACGCGUCUUUCAAGAUGCGUCCUCCGGUAGUAAACCUCGUUCAGCAGCCAGGACGCAGAUUGGUGUUUCUGUGGAGAGUCCUGUAUCAAAAGACUUUAUGGUAUGAGAGCCAGUUAAGUCGAAGAGUUCCUGAAGGUGACAGGCCGUUACCUGCAAAGGUGGCCCAGGAAGCAGCUGCUGUCCGGUCCCUGUUAUGUCACAUCCAGGCGAACCUACAGGCGGCCGGAGCCCGCCUGGGCCAAACCUUAGAGCUCAAACCUAUCAGCGGUGAAGAAUGCUUCCUGUUAGGAUCCUAUGAAAAGGCUGUUGAGCUGUGGAGGAAAGCUCUGCAAGAAACCCAAGAGAACGGAGGAAGAAGGACCCGCUUUCUUCAGAUGCGCUAUUACCUGUCCCUUUUGUACUGCCACCUGUAUAGCUAUAAUCUAAACGAUGCCCAAGGAUUGUGCGAUCAGCUAGUGAGAGAACUGCUGAGAUGGUCCCACCUACCUGUGAGGGAAAAUGAAGAUGGUUCGGCUCCCGCGUGGGGACCGCCCGGGCCUGCCCACCCCGAGGCCGCAGUGAGGGUCGUCCAGUCCAUGGCCCGGUUCAUGGCCGCCUAUUUCACCAACCAGCGGCUCUGCAUUCUGCCCCCUCACCACGUGAACGUCCUGCCUCCCCUUCACAUUAAAACAGAGCCGGCCCCGCGGUGCGUCCCCCUGCAGCACGCCGCCGUGGCCAGUGCCGUCAGAGAGCAGAGCCUCUCCCACGUGUGGACCGUGGACUACGCCCUGGAGUUGCUGCUGAUCGGCGGCCUGGUCCCGGAAGCCGUGUGGCUGGCACAGGAGCUCGGGGACUGGAAGACGGCUGUGUCCAUCGGCGUGGCCUCCCAGCUGAGCCGCCGGGGCUGCGGCCCCACCAGGCUCAAGAAAAAGGGCCAGAAUCUGCCGUUCAACAUGACUCCAGCACGGAUUUUCCAGGAGAAACUCCAGUGUCUGUUAGGUCAGCCGGCCUCUUCGGGAGCAAAAAGAGAAAUGGGCUCAAAAUACAAACAGUUUACAGAUCCCAUUGAAGAGGAGGACGCGCACCUGCUGCUGGGCUCCGUGCGGGGAGUGCUGAAGGCCGCGGCCAUGGCCGAGGCGGACGUGCUCUCGGAGACGUGGCGGCUUCUGAUCGGCUCCGCCAAGGACUUCAGCCGGAGGCUCUGGGGCCUGGUGCCCGGCGGCCUGUACCUCCCCGCUCCUCCGCUCUACUGUCCUCAGCCAGCGCUUCUCAGCGAAGAGGACGGUGACGAUCUUCUGUUACGAGCUGAGAAGGAGAACCGCCAGAAGGUGUCCGGGAUCCUGCAGCGCCUGCUCCUGCUCCUCCGGGCGGCCCGCUGCUCCUUCCCGGCCGCGCAGUGGUACAUCCUGCAGCUGAGGUGGGCCAGGAAGGUCAUGCAGAAGAUUCGAAUGAAAGGGUCCCUCCCGUCCCUGAGUCCCUUCCCUCCGUCACUGCUUCACUACUGUGUGGGCGGCGUAGCCUUCUUCCGACCUGGAGCAACGGGAGACAACAAGCUGGAUGAGGUUUCCAUUAAAGCAAUAGGGUGCUUCCGAGAGCUGUGUGCGUUGUGCUGGAUGCUGCAUGUCCGCGAUAAGUUAUCCUCUAGUUGCAGGCAGUAUCAGAAAGCAAGAGAAAACGUGGAGGGAAAGAAGGACCUGGCAGUGGAGUUUGACUCUUGCGCGGUUGAGCACUGUCUCUGUGCGGUGGAGUGGGCUUGCAGAAUGCUGCCCUUCUCUCGGUUUUCUAACAUCGAAGAACUGAUUCAGGACCUCAUUUUGAGCCUUAUUGGAGACCUGCCACCGAUCAGGAAGGUAGCAGACAUGUUUGUGAAAGCAUUUCCCAAUCCUGAGGACAUAAGGGUUCCUUUAAGAGAAAAGUAUCACUCCCUCCGGCAGAGACUCGGCCACUGCGUCGUGAAAGGCCCCCACACCGAGGAAGCGAUGUCUGUCGUCAUGCGUUCCAUCCACAAAGUGAGGGUGAAGGCCCUCAAACGCGUGCAGAGAAACAUAGGUCCCUUCGAGAGGCACGUCUGGGAGCCCGUGGAGGAGGACAAGCCCGCCGAGGGUCCCGGGUUCGAGGGGUGCUCCCUGGGGACGAGCCUGAGCAGGAGCACACUCACAGACCUGGGCACGCCCCCCGGCCACAGCGAGGCCGACUCGCUCUCGGAGGCGCGGUCGGCCGGAGGAGGGAGUGGGACGCAUUGCUAUCGCAGAAAGGCUACAAGUCACGUGGAAUCCACGUUGACUGCUAAGCCCAGUGCUGACGAGAGCGUGGGUGAUCCGACAGGAAGCCCCGCGAGAAGAGGCCAGGAGCCGGUGUCGCAGAGCGCCCCGCCCGUGAUAGGCGUCUGGGAGUUUGAACGCGAUGACGACGAGUACCUGAAGUUCCUGGACCUCUUCCUGAGUUACGUCCUGGAGCGAGACCUGCGUGGGAGCGAGGACCCCGGCAUCCCGCUGCUGACGAGCUUCUCGGGGCACCUUAGAGAACAGGAACUCAACCCUCUGCUCUCGGGCCUGCACGCAGCAUUGCACCGCCCGGGCCAAGCCAGGGGCCAGGGCGUGUUCCGAGCGGGCUCCUGCUUUGAGGUCGCUCCGCAGCUUGAGGACCCGGAAGGCCCGGCGCCUCCAGCCCCAGGGCUGGCCGCAGGGACCAAGCCUCCUCCAGAGAACCUCCUCGGUGAUUUUAAUGAGAGUGGGGGCAGGAGCGGCUUGUUCGGCCUAAAGCAGAAGGCCCUCUACAGGACACAGGGGGACGGGGCAGGGAAGCCUUGCAUCCUGAGGGUGUCGAGCCGGAGUCCAAGCCGGCGUCCGUGGGCUCCGGAGGGCAGUCGCCGAGGAAGGCGUGUGUUCAGAGCGAUCGAGGGCAGUGACGCGGGCCCCCUAGCCGAGCUCCCUCCUGCGCUGGGUGCAGCGGGCGGCGCGGGGCUGCGGGGGCUGCUGGAGUGGAUGCUGCGGUGGGCCGCCCGCAGGCUGCCCUGCGACCCCAGCCUCCCGGCGCCAGCCCAGGCCCGGCCCGUCCUCCGGGUGAGAACCUCUGCGGCUGCCAUUCUGACAUCACUGUGGCUCUCGGAACAGCCCUACGCUGCUGCGUACAAGGCCAGGAGUGCCGUUAUGGAGGUGCAAGAGCGUCCUCGCCCCGGGCCUCCGAUGGGGCCCCCCAGUGAGGGUGCCUGCGGGAUGCGCGCCGGCUGCUGGGGGGCAGCAGGGUCCGGGCCAGCGGGGCCUGACGGAGGGGAUGGCCACAGUGAACCUCGCGGGAGCGUCUGGAAUAGAAUGCCAGCUGAAGCCAGAACCCCUGAAAUAAAGGAAACCAGUGAGGAGGGUAUUUCUGUCACUGAUGACACCGAUAAACAAGUUGUAGACAUCAUCGAUGAGGAUCUUUUAAGAGGAGACACAUUUACACAGGAGGAACUGGAGACGCUCCCACCAGACCAUGAAGAAGAUGCCAAAGGACCUGUGGGAAGCCCCGAGGGUCCCCACGCCGCUCACUCGCAGACGUCAUCGCGGCUGUUAGAACAUUCCACAGGAGCGGCUCCGUGUCCACGGGGGGAACCAGUGGAGAAAUGUGUGGAGGAAAAGCCAGCGGCACAGAAUGGUCACAGAGGCUGGAGUAGAGGAUGUUUGGACUCUGAGAUGGCUGGCCAUUCAAUCGCCUGUCUCUUACAGAAUGUAAAGAAUAUCUUGGUUCCUAAGCGAUCAUUAAUCUUUAAUUGUAGUAUGAUCGAAGCCUUUUCAAAUCAUGAACAUACCAUUCCUCAUUCAUUUUGUGUAGACAGAAGUUCAGAAAUUCCUAGUGCACAGACCCCUGAAUGUAAAGAGAAAUCGUCUCCAGACCCACCCGUGGUGCCCAAUGGAGUCAGCGUUGCUUCACAAACCCUGGUGCCCACCCCCCCGCCGGCCCCUCGCGGCGAGCCCCGGGCGCGGCUGCCACACUCUCCCGGUUCUGUUAGGCAGAUGCUCCAGGACGAGGUGUUCAAGUUAGUCCAGCUGCAACAGAUCAACUUCCUGACUCUGAUGCAAAUAGCAGGGUCCUCCCUUCCCAACCUCCCGGACACACAGGCACUGGCACAGCAGCCGCCGUCUGCGCGUUUGGCGGGAAGCCCAGUGUCCGGCCCGCCCGGCGGGAGCGUAUUGAACAGCAUUUACCAAAUAAGGAGUUUGUUACAUAUUUUCAACUUACGUAAUAGCUUUUUUCUCUUCCAGAAUGUUCCACACGGGCGUAUUCCUUGUCAAUUAGAAGGCCAGCCUCGGAACAGCGGACUGUCCGCAGCCCCUGAAAGCUUGCCGCGGGCUUCGUGUCCCCUGGGCCCUGCGGGGAAUGCUCCCCUCCACCUCGUGUCCCUGCCUUCUGCCCUCCCGAAGGCACCUACGCUUCCCGCUGCCACCGCCUUCAGACCGGGCGAUGCUUUUCCUCUGCUCCAGCUACAGCCUGAGCAGGGACUUAAGCCCUUUGCCUUCCCGGCAGAAAGGGCUCUGCGGGUUCCCCCCAGAUGUCUGCCGCCGCCCAGAGAGGCCUGGGGGCCCCCCAGUUCCCGCCAGCCCCCUGCGCCCCCGAAGCGGCCGGCAGCGGAGCAGAAGACAGGGGCGGGGGCUGGCAGGACAGACAUCCCGAAGCACUUGAACUUGGACCAGUACGUUGGACAGGAAAGCGUGACACCUCAGCAGGACUCUUCGGCAGCUACAAAGCCAGGAGGAGUGUUUGACGUUAAGCCGGGGCCCCUUGAGUCAUCUCCUCGUUAUGCCUUCGGAUUCCCGUUACUGCACCUGCAGCCCAAACCUGCUUUUACGUUUUUCUCCAUCUCAAGAGCUCCGGUGGCGGUUCCCUCCGCACCUGUCAGAGCCGCCGCGGGAGCAAGGACGCACCCAGGGUUUUCCUUCCUCCGCGCCUGCCCGUCGCAGGAAAACACGUACAGAACCCCUCAGCUUACUCUGAUUGGAAACCUCAUUGCGUCUAAGCAAAGCCAACAGAGACCACACCCCGACUUCCUGGAACAAGGCGAUCCUGGGCACCUGCAGCUUGGAAAGGACAAAGGGGACCCUCCUGAAGUGAGGCCAGGAAAGGGCGGCAAGAAAAGGCAAAGACGACGAGCUGAGAAAGAGCUGCAAGAAAACAGCUCCGAGCAGCAAAGGAGAAAACCUAGUGUGACCGUGCACCCAGGCGCUGCCCUCCUUCCUGAUCAUGACUCAGGGGCAGCUGGGAGAGCCGAGGAGCAGCGAGAGCAUCGUGGUUCCCAGACGUUGGAUGCCUUCGAAAUUCCUCUAGAAACGCUACACGAUGACGUCACUACCUCCGCUGGGCUGCAUUUCCUGGCCUCUGUCAGAAAGAAAGCUGUGGAAUGUCAGGAUGCAAGUACAAACACAGACCCAGAAUGUGAACCUUUGACUGUCCCUCAGCCGUUGGCCCCAGAUGUGUUUCUGAAUCUCAAGCUUCCCUCCGAAAGGGCAGAGAAGCCUUUGUCACCUUCGGCACCGGACACGGUUGGACACACUUACCUAAAUGUGAUUGACAUUGAAGCUGGCGACCUGCAGGAAGUGCCUGUCAGAGAGCCUUCCGAUGAGGACAUCCUCCCGCGGGCGGCGGAAGGCCCGUCCUCUGCGGCGUUACAUCACAUGGCCGCGUCCGUGACCAGCGCUGCUCCCCUGCGCAGGGUGAAGAGUCAAGGACCUGCCAGUUCUGCGGUGGACUUACCUCUCACACCUGCAGAGGUGUCGCCAUCCUGUGUGGAGGUGGGGAGCUGGAGAGCAGGCGCUGCCCAAGCAGAGGAGCCGGGGGUCCCCUCCCCUCCAUCAUCAGUCAGAGAGGACAGAGGUGAGCGCCCCAGAGGACAGCAGGAGCUGCCCCUUCCGCUCCCUGCCCUGGGGGAGACGAGCACUGAACCCUGGCAAUUGCAAAACGAACCAGGCGACCUCUCCCCUGCCCAGGAGAUGGGGACAGACGUGCCGAAGCCAGCUUUCCAAUUCAAAGCAGAGAGCUCGCAGCCGGAUGCUGCAGGAGGGGGCGGGCUGCGGGAUUACCUGCUGCAGGAACUGCUGCAGGGCGCCUCCGCUCCUGGCCCCGCGCCCAGCCCGCACCCCCAUCCCCGGCUGCAGCGCCUCAGCUCUCAGCUCCGGAAAAUUGACGCACAGCUGCUGGCGAUACAGAGCAUCGCUGACCGCAUCGAGCAGGACUUCCCCGAGUACGAGCACCGGAUGGUGGGCCCGGUGGUGGACCUGCACCGCAAGGAGGUUGAAUCUGUGGAUGACAUUGAAUUGUCGUCUGGCCCUGAAUCUGAAAAAACACUGGCUUCAAAACCCAUUGCCAUUUCCAAAGAAGACUCUGGAUUAGUGCAUUUCCUGACUCAUAUGAAUAAGGAAGAUCCAAGUGACAAAGAACAGACUUUUGAAGAUGAAUUUUCACUAACAGAAACUCAUUCUCGUCCGAAAACGUGUGUGUUUCCUUCUGCCGAUUCAGCUCUCAGCCUCUCCAGUGACCAGAAUACGAGUUUUCCUGGUGUGAAUAACCAUGAUGAGUUAUUUGAGAGCGUUUCAGCAGAUCCACUCCAGAUGACUGGGCUGACUGACAUUGCAGACAUUAUUGAUGACCUUAUCACCAAAGAUGGAGUUUCCAGCAAAGAGCUGGGCUUAACAGAACAACAAGCCAGGAGCAUCUCUAGGAUUCAGCAAUCUUCCGGUAGCCGACCUGGAAGAACUGCCAAGGAGAGAAGAGAGAUUCAAGUCUGGAUGAGAAGAAAGCGGAGAGAGAGGAUGGCGGAGUACUUACACGAGCUGGCGGAGAGGAGGGGGCAGGAGCAUGACCCCUUCUGCCCCAGGAGCAACGCGUUUUACAUGACUUCAAGGGAAAUCAGGCUGAGUCAAAAGAUGAAGCAUGAAAAGGACAGAUUGCUACUCUGUGACCACUACAGUCGUCGAAUUUCACAAGCGUACAGUCUGAUGAAUGAACUGCUGUCUGAGUCGGUACAGGUACCAGCACAGAAGCCAUCGCCCAGCAAGCCCAGGACUGUUCACACUUGCAGGCUGCAAAGCUCCCUUUCUCCAAGAAGAGAGACCCGAUAUGGUCACAACUUUCCAGUAAAUCGACCUGGAAAAGUCAGAAAUAUAUCCAAACCAAGUUAUAUCCCAAAAGGGAAAUCUUUUGGGCAACCUCAGGGCUCACCUUGGCCACAUGGAACUAUCACUUUUACCCAGAAAAAAGCUGGUGGAGCCAGAGGAGCGCGGAGAAAGGCUGUGCACUCUCCAGUCACCUUCCGAAAAGGCUCUACUGCUCCCUGUCUACAGCAUUCAAAACAGCACGGGAGUGCUGGGCUUGGCCCUCACACCGAGCAGGUGUGUGCAGAGGACGAGAGAGAGGAGACUGUGGUGAGUCCCUGGCUGGUGCCCUCAGACAUCCGCAGGAUUCUUCAUGGAAGUCACAGUUCCCUUCCACAGGACUUGUCACCAACUGAAGAAGAGCCAGUGUCCCCUACUGGAGAGGGUGGCAUGGACAGUGUGUCUGAGAGCACUGGCAGCAUCCUCAGCAAGCUCGACUGGAAUGCCAUCGAAGACAUGGUUGCCAACGUGGAAGACAAGAGCCUGUCUGUCCACUGGGCCCUGGAUCUCUAAGGCCUACACGCAUUCUGUGUCCAGGGCCAGCAGCGCAGUGGUGUGGGCUGGAGGGAGGGAAGCAAUGCAGAAAGUGACGUGAAUUAACUACCUGCAGCCAGAUCUUACCUGGACAAGCCAUUUCAAGGAGGAAAAUAAACAUUUCUCAAUAAUUUUGCCUUCAUGGAAAAGGGUUCUUUAAUUAUAGAUGUAUUAUAUGUUUUUGCAUUUGACUUAUGUAAUUUUUUAAAUGAUAAAAUAAAAUUCACCUUUCAAGCCGA